AUGGACAUUCCAUGGGAUGAUUACCGCAAUAGUGAAUCCCAGGGACACCCCUCAUCCCAAAAACGUCAAGCCCCAACCAAAAACCCCGAAAGCCCCAGAAAAACACUCCCCACUUCCCGUCCUUGUCAAAGAAAGACCCUAUCGCUGUGCUCUGAAAUUUGCCUUAAUGAAACGUGUCCGAAGAAGAAAAUCAUUGAAAUUCCAUCGAAAGCCAAUGAAAAAGCUAUCCAGACCAUGGAAAUCUGCAGAGACAAUCACCCUGUGACCAGGAACAUAGGAGUUAGAACCGACAGAGCGAAAAUCAAUUUCGGGUGUUGUGGGAAAGCAAAAUGUUGCUGUGGGAAAGAUACCGCGUGCUCGAAAAUCGGUGGCAAAGGAGAAGAAAAAUCAGAUCCCGAGAAGGCAGUUGUCGGUGAUACGAUAGAAAGUGGAAAAUCUCAAAUUUGGACGACAGGUGUCCGUGAUUCCAACAGACACUCAGGUACUCUUAAAGGUGUUUUUGAGUUGGAAUGUAGCGGGUUGAAGUCCUGUGAUGCGAAUUGUAAAGCUUUGCAUCCCGCGUCCAGUUGAUAAAUUUUGUAUACAGGGUGAUUCACGUAUGCCACAUCAUUUUCAAUCUACCUGAAAUAUUUUCAGUCCUUAGGUACCAACUUUCUCAUUUCAAAUGGAAACCUACAUAUUUUUUACAUGGUUUAUUGGCCUUCUGAGUUCAGACAAUCUAAUUCAUAACUUAUCUACCACAGUGUUUGAGAUAUGUCGAUUUUUUUUUAAUAAUUACCGCAGAUAGGUACCAAUUAUUGCAAGUUGGUAAUCUUUCAAUGUUGGGCUAACGUUAAUUACCCUGUAUAGUGAGUCUGAAUACCAUUCAUUGAAAUUUUAAGGAAUUCAUUGCAUUUUUCAAUUGAUGAUUUAUCUCAACAUUCCAAUUAAAUAACUUGGUAUUUCAACUUUGUAUGUCGAAAUUUCAACUAUAGUGAACAUUUCAGCUCAUUAUUAUUGAUAUAUUAUAAUGUCUCAAAAUUUCGAAAGACAUGAUUUAUUUGAAAUUUUCAAAUAAUAAUGAGUUGACAUUACUUGAAUAAAGUUGAAGAAACGUC